CUAGAGGUGGAACAUUGGAAGCCUCCUGCCUCCUCUCCUACCCAGGCUGGGACAGUCUGGCCUCCUCGCCGGCGUGAAGCAAAAGCCACUCAACCAGGGCCUGAAGGAUGGGAAAGGCCGAAGCCAUGGAUGCCUGCCAGGUGCCCAGUGAACGCUUGCCUCUGCUGUGCCAGGCAGCUCCCAGUCCCACCUACCUGAGCCAGGAGGAAGUGGUGCAGCAGGCAAGCGCUGCCCCCUGGCAAGGGCUACGCCAAGUUCUGCUGUGCCUCCUGGGGGCCCUCUUUGCCUGCAUGCUGGCCACGGCCCUCCUGCUCCUGGUCACAAUGCCACGGCCACCCCCACCCCUGGCUUGGUGGCAAAAGGCCUCCUUCUAUCACCUGCCACCCACCGCCUUCCCUGACUCCAAUGGCGACGGGCAUGGAGACCUCAGAGGUGUGAGGCCUCUCUUAGACCGACUUCUGGAGCUCCCUGUCCAGGCCCUUGUGCUGGGCUCCAUCCUUGAGGGGGACAGUGCCAAUUUGAGCAGGAUUUGCUCAGCCCAUGGUUCAUUGGAACAGCUGCGGGCAUUGGUGAAUGACGGGCACAAGCAAGGGAUCCGAAUCCUUCUUGAACUUCCAACUUGGGCGGAAGGGCCGGACAUGGAUGCUGAGGACAACAGGACAGAGCAGCAUCUGAAGAGGGCGCUGCAGUUCUGGCAGGCCCAAGGUGUGAACGGAUUCCUGGUGGCCAAAGACCCCGCCUGGCGUCUGGAUGCCGUCCUGAAUUCCUGGAGCGACCUGGGCAGGCAGUCAGGGAUGAAUCAGGGUGAGGAGAGAGUCCUGAUGGUCUGGGACCAGAGCGAAACCUGCAACAUUUCUCGCCGGGUGCCCAGCAGGGUAAUCCUCACCUGCAAUCUGCCUGGGCCUGAGAGGAAUCUGACAGCCGGUGCACUGACCCAGCAGGUGGAGGCGGCCUUGCAGUACCCCCGGGGGCCCUGGCCUGGCUGGACGGUGCCCAGGGGGCUCCUGCUGACUGCAGAUUUGGCAGAGACACUUGGGGUGCUGCUGUUCAGCCUUCCUGGAACACCCCUUUUGCAAGGUGGGGCAGGAUCCCCAAUUCUGCUGGGCAGCACCAUGAAGCCAAGCACAAACGGGCACCCACUUACAACCCUCUACCAGUCCCUUCUGCUGCUCCAUGCAAGGUCCUUUGCACUGCAAGGUGCCAGCUUUGCCCCUCUGCCCCUCCCUGGCCAUUUGGAGGACAUCUUUGCUUUUCUCCGCCCCGGCUCCUGCUCUGGCAUUCUGGUGGUCCUGAACCUGGGAUCACAGCCCUGCCCGCUCAACCUGAGCCAACUCAGCUUCCCAACCCGUGCCAAGGUGCUGUUUAGCACCCACCCUGAGCCCCAGAGCGAAGUGAAGAUGGAGGGAGUUGGGCUGGCACCGCACCAAGCUCUCCUCCUCAGAGUGCACUAAAGACAGAGCAAGGAUUGGCUCAUCACUUCUGGGAAUUGCUCAUCAGGCAGCCAAUGGGAUGAGAAAAGAACUCUUUUGGGUUACCUGGCUGCUUUGUGAU